AUGAACGUUACAAUAUGGUUCUUAACAUCCUUGAUGAUGUAUAUCUUCUUUUUAAACUAUGAGAGUUUGAUAUAUUUAAUGAAUGGAAACUUAUAUCAAAUAUUGUAUAAAUAUAAUAUAUAUAAAUAUGUUGAAUACUAUUUACAUAUAUUUUUAGAACACGGAUUUGUGUGUAUAUAUGUUUUUGUUGCAUUUCAGCCUACUAAAAAUGUGUAUAAAAAACGUAGUAAAUAUAAUUAUAUAUUUGCAAAAAUAUUAUUAAUAUAUUUUUUUUUCUUUCUUUUCCAUUCCAUUAUUAAUAUAAAAAACAACUUUCCACUUAAUGCAUUUUAUUUAGUUAUUAUUAUUUUUCAUUUAUCUGAAUUUUUUUUGUCUUUUAUACAUAAUAAAAAUAAUUAUAAUUAUUAUAAUUUCUUAGUAAAUCCAAAUUAUGGUUAUGUGUAUUUUUUUAUCUUAACAUUAAUUGAAUACUAUACUAAGAUAUUUUUAUUUGCUAUAUUAUAUUCUUGUGAAAAAUGGAUAAAUAAAAGAGUAUUGCAUAAUCUUUUAAUAUUUAAUUAUUUUUUUUUCAAAAAUUAUAUCGAAAAUUAUGGAAUAUGCAACUACACUUACCCAGACAAAAUCGUCUUAACUAGAUGGACAAAUUACUCCCAAAAAAAUAUCGAAAUAUAUUCUACUUUUGGAAAAAAUAUAUUUCUUCACAAUAAUAAUAACAAAAUAAAUGAUAUACAAUUAACAAAAAACCUCUUAAUAAAUAAACUUUCUCCAUUUGAAAAAGUUCGAAAUAUAAUAUUUAUGAUUAGCCUUUCAAACAAAUACAAAAUUAUAGCUACCAAUAAAUAUGGCACUAUAUUAAAUCCAAUAUACAGAAAAAUAAAUAAGAAGAAUACAGAAAAAGAAAAUUAUAAAUAUGAAAUGGAAAAAAAAAAUAACAUCCAUUCCUUGCCUAUUAAUAUUGAUGAUACUAUUUUGGAUAGAUAUCAAAAGUGUCUUUUUACAAAUAUUCUGAACAAACCAAACAAAAAAAUGUAUAAUUUAACCAACUCUUUUUUUAUCAAAAUUAUUUUAAAAUACGGGGAUAUAUUUGAAAAGUACGAUAUACCAAGACAAUACAACAAAAAAUAUACUAACUAUUAUUUAUUCAUUGUUUUAUUAUCAUUACUAUUUAGCUUAAUGGGAUUGAUUUUAAGAAUAUUUGGUUUGUUACAUUGCUCUAAAAAUUUUUGUUUUUAUGUUUUAAAUGCAGAUUCUUUAAUAAAUAAAUAUAUCAAAAAUAAACAUAGUUUGGUAACAUGGGGGUUAUAUAAAUAUAUGCGUCAUCCAUGUUAUACUGGUUGGUUCUACUACUCUUUAUUUUUACAACUUUCCUUAUUUAACAUUUUCGGAUUUUUCUUAUGCUUUAUUGUAUCAUGGAUGUACUUUUACAAUACAAUAAAACGUGAAGAAAAAUUUUUGAUCGAGUGCUAUGAUGAAGAAUAUCGAAAAUAUAAAGCGCAAACCCCACAUAUAUAUAUACCAUUCAUGAAAAAUUUGUAA